AUCAAGCACUUAUGCAUGCAGACUGCUUCUACAAACAUUUGUGAAAUAAUGGAUUUCUCUCAGGAGCUCAGUGUAUUCAAGCAUGGUACCAUGAUAGGUUGCCACCUGUGCAAUAAGUCCAUCCAUGAAAUUUCCUUGCUACCGAAUACUCCACACUCAACUGUUAGUGGUAUUAUAACAAAGUGGAAGCAACUGGGAACAGCAGUAACUCAGCCAUGAAGUAGUAGGCCACGUAAAAUGACAGAGCGGGGUCAGCGCAUGCUAAAGGGCACAGAGCUCAGAAGUUUCCAACUGUCUGCAGAGGCCAAAAGCUAAAGACCUCCAAAUUUUGUGUGGCCUUCAGAUUAGCACAACAACAGUGCAUAGAGAGCUUCAUGGAAUGGGUUUCCAUGGCUGA